AUGAAAAAAGAUGAUGUCUAUUUCAAGAUAAUUCCAUCACUUUGCAGUAUUAGCUAUGAACUGUUUUCGUGCAAUAUAAUGAACCCAGGAAUAUAUACCAGCUUAUUUCAACAUAGAGACGUUGUCAUUGCUAAUUGUUUUUGGUUUGAAGCUCAUAUUGGCAUUGGCUUAUAUUUAUAUGGAUCAAAACAUCUCCAGAAGGCCUCUACAGUUCAUAGAGUGGAGUAUGCUGUGUUUGGUUCAUUUUUAUUCAAUUUUGGCUCUGUGCUGUUUUGGGCAACUUGCAAAUCAUUGAUGCCUAAGGAUUCAGCUCUGAGAACACUAUUUGGGUUAGGGUCUGGCUUGGCUUUAUUGUAUAUCGGUAAAGAGUAUGUUGAUCACAUUGAUAGAAAUAUGGCCAAGUAA